CAAUCGCCAUUCUCCCUGGCUCCCUCUCCGCGCAUUACGGCCUAUUUGCUCCGGCGAGGUAAACUACCUCUUCCCCCGCCGCCUGUCAUGGCCCUCACUACUAUCGAUCCCCUCGCUGUCCCUGCCGAUUCCGUCGCACAACCGCCCGAUGUCUGCGUGACUCCCUGCGAUCCCUGGCCAGCACCAUAUUACCUAGAAGGUGGUCUGCGUCGCGUGAAGCCAUACCAUUAUACAUAUAACACGAACUGUAAAGAGCGCUGGCGCGGACGCACACUAGAGGAUAUCUUCACAUCUGAAUUCCGAGACCGAACCCCAGAAUACUACAGAUGGGCACUCGAUCAAGGCCUCGUCGCUGUAAACGGUAAACCCUCCGGUCGUUCAACCGUUAUCAAGAACGGUCAAGUCAUCUCGCAUACCUGCCAUCGCCACGAACCACCCGUCUCCGCACAACCGAUAGGAAUCAUCGACGAAAGCGAUGACCUAAUCGUAAUCGACAAACCCGCCGGAAUCCCCGUUCAUGCUGCAGGUCGUUACCACUUCAACUCCAUCAUCGAAAUCCUCCGCGCCGAGCGCGGCCAGGGCUGGCUUCCACGACCCUGUAACCGACUGGACCGUCUCACCUCCGGCGUGAUGUUCAUCGGAAAGGAUCCCAAGGGCGCAGAGCGAAUGGCGAAGCAACUCCAGGAACGAUCCGUGCAAAAGGAAUACGUCGCACGUGUUAAGGGCAAAUUCCCGGAUGGUGUGUUGGUUUGCGAUCAACCGAUUAUGCAGGUUAGUCCGAAGCUAGGACUAAACCGAGUUCGCGCAACUGGUAAAACUGCCACGACGAAGUUCCGUUGUCUUGCGUAUUACCCUCCUGGGGCAGAUUUUGCGGUUCCUGCUGCUAGUGACGAUGGGCGUCCUGCGACACCGCCGCAUACGCUAGCCAAUGAAUCUGAGGGAUAUAGUAUUGUUCACUGCUUUCCACUUACGGGUCGUACGCAUCAGAUUCGUGUGCAUCUUCAGUUCCUUGGUCAUCCUAUCUCGAAUGAUCCGAUCUACUCGAACCGCCGCGUUUUCGGUCCUGAACUUGCUAAGAAUGAGGCUCAUGGAGAACGCGACGAGGAGAUUAUGGCUCGUUUGAAUAAAAUGGGUAAGACUGAGUUACCUGAUACCGUCUACCGGAAUCAUUUUAUGGCUUCGCCGGAUGUACCUCCGAAUACGGAUCCUGCUAUCCUGGCGCAGUUGAUGGAGCGGGAACAGAAGGCUGCUGCGGAGGAUUAUUCUAAGAGGAAGGGAGAGAGACUUUCUGGUGAGAAUUGUGAGGUCUGUGAUACACCACUUUACUCUGAUCCUACCGUUCAUGAGCUUGGAAUCUUCUUACAUGCUGUUGCGUAUACGGAUCGCAAUGGUGAUUGGUCUUACCGGAGUAAGAUGCCAUCUUGGGGUAUGCCGCCGACUGGUUUUGAGGGUCCCAAAGAGGUUCCUGAUUGGGUUCCUGCUAAUGAUGGCGAGGAGGUCGUUAUUGGACAUGGAACUGUUCCUCCAGAGAUUGGGGUUGAUGAUGAUGGCCAGACUCCUGAGGGAACGAAGUCUCCUACUGGUCCUAUUUUGUUGACUGGGGUGGGCAUGUUGGAUCUUUCGAGUCUUUCUAAGACUGAAGAGACCAAUGCUCCUGUUCCUGCUCCGGAGGUGACUGAAGCUGUUUCGUCCGCGGCACAGUAA